GGGUGUGCGUGCACGCCGGCCUCCCAUGAGCAGUUGAUCCACGCGCCCGCGGCCCCGACCCACAGAUCGCAGUACGAUGGCGGAAGGAGGCGGUACCGAACCGGGCGGUGGGGCCGAGUCCGAACCGGAGCCGGUGCUUGCCGUCGAGGUGUCUAUCCCGUCGACAGAGAAUCAGAAGCAAACGCUGGUGACGUUGCUGAAGACUCCUCUACGAAAGGGUGACAGAUGGUUUCUGAUUGACAGCCGUUGGUUUAAGCAGUGGAAGAAGUAUGUGGGGUUUGACAGCUGGGACAUGUACAACGUAGGGGAGCAUGGAUUGUAUCCUGGACCCAUAGAUAACUCGGGACUGUUUUCAGACCCUGAAACGCAGACUCUGAAAGAGCACCUUAUAGAUGAGCUGGAUUAUGUCCUUGUUCCAACGGAGGCUUGGCAGAAUUUAGUGAAUUGGUAUGGAUGUGUGGAGAACCAGCAACCGAUCGUCAGAAAGGUUGUCGAACAUGGGAUGUUUGUUAAGCACUGCAAGGUUGAAGUGUACCUUCUGGAACUCAGCCUGUGUGAGAACAGUAACAUGGAGUACGUGGUUACAAGACACUUCAGUAAAGCUGACACGAUAGGUACUAUUGAAAAGGAGAUGAGGACCAUCUUCUCAAUCCCAGAUGAAAAGGAGACCCGACUCUGGAACAAAUACAUUAGCACCACAUAUGAACAACUAAACAAGCCUGACAGCACAGUGCAGGAUGCUGGACUAUUUCAGGGACAGGUGUUGGUAAUCGAGCAAAAGAAUGAUGAUGGGACAUGGCCUCGGCAAGCAAGCCAUGCAAAGUGCAGCACAGCCAGCUCCAGAAAUUUUACUACCUCCCCGAAGCUGUCGUCCAACUCCACAGCCACGAUUUCAUCUACUGUAACAAAUGGGGAAAGCAAUAAUUCGAGCUACACACUGAAUAACAGCAUCAGUUCCAGUAACAGGUUGGGAGAGUAUAGCUGCUAUAGUUCUUCCUACAGUUACAGAGAACCCCAGACACAGCCUGGCCUUUGUGGACUCAGCAACCUUGGCAAUACUUGCUUCAUGAACUCUGCUCUUCAGUGCCUAAGUAAUGCGCCUCCGCUGACUGAGUACUUUUUGGAAGACAAAUAUGAGGCAGAAAUAAACCGGGAAAACCCUUUAGGCAUGCGUGGAGAAAUAGCUGAGGCCUAUGCAGACCUUGUUAAGCAGAUGUGGUCAGGGCGCCACAGUUACGUGGCACCCAAGACCUUCAAGACCCAAGUGGGACGCUUUGCUCCUCAAUUCUCAGGUUACCAACAGCAGGAUUCCCAAGAACUGCUGGCAUUCUUAUUAGAUGGACUUCAUGAGGAUCUUAACCGGGUUAAAAAGAAACCUUACCUAGCUUUGAAGGAUGCAGAGGGUCGGCCAGAUGAGAUUGUGGCAAAAGAAGCUUGGACAAACCAUCGUCUACGCAACAACUCCAUUAUUGUUGACAUUUUCCAUGGGCUUUUCAAGUCUACUCUGGUGUGCCCUGAGUGUUCGAAAGUAUCUGUAACUUUUGAUCCAUUCUGCUACCUCACUCUCCCACUGCCUAUGAAGAAGGAUCGUACAAUGGAGGUGUUCUUGGUUCGUACAGAUCCACUGUCAAGGCCUAUGCAGUACAGAGUUGUAGUCCCCAAGCUGGGCUCUGUGGCCGACCUGUGUUCUGCCUUGGCUAAACUAUCUGGUGUUUCAGCUGAAAAUAUGGUUGUGGCAGACGUGUAUAACCACAGAUGCCAUAAGAUUUAUCGCAGUGAUGAGGGAUUAAAUCACAUUAUGGACAGGGAUGAUAUCUUUGUCUAUGAACUUGAGGAGACUGAAGGAGAACGGAUCAUCUUGCCCAUUUACUUUAGAGAAAGGCGCCUGAAACACACGGGAUCUUCAACUGGAACAGUCUUGUAUGGACAGCCACUUAUCAUCUCUGUCAACAGGCAGAACCUGGAUGUUGAUAUUCUCUAUGACAGAGUUUUGGAAAGGAUUAGGCGCUAUGUGAAAAGACCACCAUUUAUGGGCUGUGAUGUAAAAGCCUCUGCCUUCAACCCGGGGAGUAGCAGCAGUCGGAGCAGCUCGAGUCAGACGGCAGAGUCGGCUGCAGGACCCAGCCAGGCAACGGAACUGGCAGCGUCGAAAUUCCAGCCAGCGGAGUCCGUGCCCUGCAGACGGGGCCCUGUUGAGACGGCCACCUGCAACAGUAGUCAGCAUAGCCAGACAGCAGCCUGUAAUGGCCCCAAUGGUUUAUGUGACGGAGAAGAUGAAGAAAUGGAUCAUCAGGAAGACUCUAGGACAGACCAGGAGAUUUCUUUGGAGCCAGAAAACAGCUAUUCAGAAGGGUCUGUUGGGGAGGAUGAAAAUGAAGACCUGGAGAAUGGGCUGACGGAAAAUGCGUCCAAGCAGCAGGCCAAAUCUGGGAACUGUGGAACAAAACUCUUCUCGUUCAGUGUGGUCAAUUCGUAUGGUACUUCUGAAAUUAGUCCUCUGUCCAAUGAUGGUACUGUUCUCAAACUGAACGCACAUUCCACAGUUGCAAUUGAUUGGGAUUCUGAGACUAAACGGUUGUGUUAUGAUGACCACGAAGCGGAAGCAUAUGAGAAGCAUGAAAGCAUGUUACAGAAUCAAAAAAAGAAGGCCACGGUAGCUCUAAGAGAUUGCAUAGAGUUGUUCACAACCAUGGAGACACUGGGAGAGCAUGAUCCGUGGUAUUGUCCUAACUGCAAAAAGCACCAGCAGGCCACAAAGAAGUUUGAUCUUUGGUCUCUUCCACGAAUUUUAGUAGUUCAUCUAAAACGCUUCUCAUACAACCGCUGCUGGAGAGACAAGCUGGAUACAGUUGUUGAUUUCCCUAUCAGGGAGCUGAACAUGUCCGAGUUUGUCUGCGAUCCAAAAGCAGGGCCAUACAUUUAUGACCUCAUCGCUGUGUCCAACCAUUAUGGAGGAAUGGGUGGGGGUCAUUACACUGCCUAUGCCAAAAACAAAGCCGAUGGGAAGUGGUAUUACUUUGAUGACAACAGUGUGUCUUCUGCCUCAGAGGAUCAGAUUGUGACUAAAGCAGCCUAUGUCCUGUUUUACCAAAGACGGGAUGAGGAAGGUCUUCAGGCUUCUCCCUCAUCAUUUUCAGCAGGUGGAGCUUCAGAGAUGGGCGACGAUAGCAUGGACACAAACUGAGGCGCGCGCUGGGAGACAUUGAAACGAAAAGGCACACAAGCAUCCAUUCAUCACUCUGUACAUAACAAAUCAAAAGAUCUCUGUGCUAAAUUAGACAUAGCGGGACAUGCAGGUGCACUCGAGUUUGCCAGUUGAAUGAUACAAGUGACAAUCGUAUAUUUAAUCGUGUAUUCCAUUUAGAUGGACGCAUGUGAAACCUGGUCAUUCGCGGCCACCAACAAAGGAAAAAGAAUCGAAGACGAGUCCAACUCCUAGUUAUCAGUUGUCUUAGUAUGCAAGAAUCAAGCAGAAGUGCUCAGCUUGAGGCUGGCAAGGCUCAGAGUGGCACCAGUGCAAGGCCUACUCAAGAUGGCUUCCUCCCUGAAAACAGCACCUUGUUAGCUGGUGUGAUCAGGCUGGCCUUCUGAUAUCAGAACACCUAGACUUGAAUGUGUGAUGUUCUGUGUAGACUCGGCGUAUUUAAUUUACAUGGAAACCCAGUAGGGACUGCAGCUCUCCAAGAUAAUCACACCUGUUAAGGAGCCUCCCAGGAAUAAAUACCAUAAACGAAAAGAAAGAUUGGUGCUUUUUUCACAAACUUGUACAUAACUCUUUGUAUAUCCAGCGAUGGAAUCGAGUUGCUUAACUACAGAGACUGCACCGCAUUUUCUACAGAUGUACUCAAGGAAGCCUUGUGAAUCUGUGCUUGUCUGCCUCCCGUGGGCACGGCGCUGGAUACCCAGGGGACAAGCUGGCUCCGAGCGGCCGAGGCUUUUGGAGGGAGUUUGUGUUUUCGUGGGCACGCAGGAUUGUUCCUCUGCAGUCGCUCGGCUGGAAGUGGCAAAGGCGGACAGUGAAGGAGAGCAGAAAGCGAACUGCCGGUGUGCCCAGCUAAGGGUGCUGCUGCUGCUGCUGAACUUCUUCCUACCACAGAAGAACCAACAAGAAGAGGAGGUUCAAGUUCAGAAUGAGGCUCGAGUGGAUUACUUUGUGGUUUGGGUUUAUGCUUUUUUGGUUGGGUCGGAGGUGAAUUCACAGAUAGCUGCUUGAAACACACUGAAUCGAUUAAAAAGGAAAGCUCUUGCAAAUCCUAGCUAUUUAUAAAUUAUUUAGGUCGGCUCUUAUGAUUGCUGACCCACAAGUCGUUUCUAUUGAUGCACACUUUAUUUUUGCUGACUUUUUUGUGACCUGUUAUCUUGGCCGUGGUGGGAUGGUGAGAUUGUUCGUUGCCACUGCUGAUCUAUAAAAAGGGAGGACAACGCACACAGCAGUAAUGUCCCGGGGAUGAAGCCAUCGUCUCUUUGGCCCAAGUGGCUUCCUGCGCAGACCGUGACAAACACUCGAGUGUAUUGGGUGGUUCAGAAUUGCCAAGAAACGAGGUGGCCAUUCAGUGUUUGUACUUGGAGGAGAUUUCAGAAGCACCGCCAAGUGACCUUUAGAGCAUCACAGCGUCUGCACAGACAGGCCUUUUAUUGAACUGAAAUACCAAAAAGGGCACCACUUGAUGUUCGCUGCCUCAUCACAACAGUAUUGCCAGUUGGGUUUUCUUCACUCCAGCGACAGUCCCGCUCUCCAUGACGUGGUUUUCUUGCUUUGCCUUUUCUUUGACAGUUUGCUCUUUUAGUGGCUGCUGCCUGACUGGUAACACAGACACGGGUGCCUGCCGCAGCGAUGGAGCGAGCGGGCGAGCACUGGGCCGCUCACGGUGCUUUGAGCGCUGGAGACUGACAGCAGGCUCUAUCAGUUUGUUCCCUUCUGCCCGUUCUUAAAAGACGCCAGUUUAUUCUGCCACACGGCCGAGGAGUGCGUUGUCACCUUCUAGUGACUGGCCCAGCCUGCUGCUCUCAUCAAGUGUCCGUCCGUGUUGGUUUAGCACUUGUCGUGCGUUGGCAUGGCUCUUCUGCCACCCUCUGGAUUUGGAGCUGUGGGUCAAGGGCUUGCUGCCCUGAAAUGAAAGCUUUACGUCAACUCCAGCCUGGCAUGGGUUUUGGGGGUCUUGACGCUGUUUGAGGGGUGUUACAGGCUUACUGUCACUUCAAGAGAAUUCUGGGUUAGUCCCGGUUUAACCUGUGAUUGGCAUUGCCCGUCCGCACACUAAAGGUUUGACAAGCGAUCAGUUACGAUGAAUGUAAACUUUGUUUUAGGGACUUGAAUGUAUAAGCACAUUCUUCUUCUUCUCCUCCCAGACCCCAUGUGCCACCCGAGCCAAGGUCACAGGGGGCCCUGAGUGGGCAGCAUAGUCGAGCAGGUGGGCGAUCGUCUCAUAGAAUUUUGAACCCGGAGCCCAGGGCUGGUUUUUGUUUGUUUUUUUGCAGGCCAGUACUUUGUAAGUAUCUUGGUCAAUUAAAAUGAAGCUGAAUCCUAAAACUCA